AUGAUGCUAUAUAAAUUAAUCGUUCUUGGAGCUGGAGGCGUUGGAAAAACUUAUGAUCCAACGAAAGAAGAUUCAUAUCGAAAACAAGUUGUUAUUGAUGGUGAAUCAUGUGUUUUAGAAAUACUGGAUCAAGAUCGAUUUUAUGAUAGCAUUACACGUGUAAAGGACACUGAGCCCAUUCCAAUGAUUCUUGUUGGUAAUAAAUGUGACCAAAGGACUAUGCGUGAGGUUUCAAGGGAAGAAGGCAUGAAUAUGGCAAGAAGGCUUAAAUGCGACUUUAUAGAAAGUUCUGCAAAAACUGCUGUUAAUGUGGAAAGAACGUUUUACUCUGUG